UAUGUGUGGGUAAUUAGACUGGAUGGAAAAAGAAAAAACUAGAGACAUUCGCAUUGGCAAGAUUACAAGUAUUAUUGAACUUGUGUUCGCGUAUUACUCAAUUCAAACUUUUUAAAAACAAACCUGUGGGAUAGAUAAUGUUUUAAACGGCACAUAGACUAAAUUAGCCUGGCUAACCGUCACGUUCAGAAAUUCUGGUGGUUGCAUCUGUAACAUCGUCAGUCUGGUUGUGGCCCAGACAAAUUCUCCAGCUUUUCCUCUCAGAAGUGACAACGAGCAAUGUCAACGACAAACGGGACAUCUACUGCAUCUGACAGGACAGAUGCAGAAACUGAAGACGCCGGUGAGCAGAAAAACACAGAGGAGAAAGAGAAAGAAUUACAUGAUGAAGAUGAAAAAGAAAGAAGUGAACUAUACAGUCUGCGGGAGAACAUUACAGAUUCAAACAUUUACACAGCCACAUCACCGUCUGUUAUUCCCAAGGAGACCAGAACCAAAACUCACCCACUGGUCCUUGACUGGGCUUAUGGGAUGAACCAAACUCUGCCUAUUCUCAGCCUGCAAGAUGAAGAAAGACUUGUCAUCUUGUAUAUUUGUGCCCAUGUUGCUGUCAUGUAUGAUUACACAUCCAAUGCUCAGCAUCUUUUACAAGGCCAUGGCAGUCCAAUCACCUGUUUGUGUGCUAGUGAAGACAGACGCUGGCUUGUGACAGCUGACAUGGGCCAAGAGAGUCUGGUUAUCGUAUGGGAUGCUUAUACAGGGAUUCCUGUGCGGACAUUGUUUGACUGCCAUCCAGAGGGUGGAGUUUCAGCCUUGGCAUUAUCAAAGGAUUCAAAAUAUCUGGCGACUGUUGGAGCUGGAGCAGUGCAGCGAGUGUGUAUUUGGAACUGGACAGAUGAAAGCGAAAGCCCGGAAUGUCAAGUUGAUCUCAGCCCAAAAUAUGGUUGCCAGAAUCAAAUACUUUUCAAUCCCUCUGACGACACACAGCUGGUCAGCAACAGCAGCACUCAGGUUCUCUUCUACAACUGGGAAAGGGGACAUCUGGAAUAUUCAGCUCCUGAAAUUACCGACAAGACCUUCAAUAUGGUGCUAGGUUCUCUGAGUCAGUCCAUCUUCCACUACAAUGGUGAGCAGGCUUUCACAGCCACCUCUGCUGGGAACAUAGUUCUCUGGGACAAGCAGAACGAAUCCGUCUUUCGUCAACCUGUAGUGAGGAAAGCCAUAAAACUUGUGCCUCUCCAGAAGGAAGCAAUCACUGUACUGACUUUGACUGACAGUUUCAUAGUAACAGGCGAUGUGAAUGGCCACAUCAAAUUCUAUGAUGGAAAUCUCAAGCUCAUCAACUUGUACAACGAGUUUAACUUGGAUCCCAUCAGAUCCAUCUCCUUUUCCAAGGAAAAGCCCUCAAUUAGUGGCCUGGGAUGUCCAAAAGACUGCACACUGGAUGCCAAGCCAUUUGUCAUAAGAAAUUUUGUUCUUUCCACAACUCAUGCAACCGCAGUACAUGUAAAUGCACAAAGAAAUGUUCCACAGACCCUUCUGAAGGAACAUGCAGAACCUUUGGAAGCAGUUGCCUGCCAUCCUAAACAGCCACUAGUAGCUAUGGGCAGUCACAGUGGCACCAUUAAGGCUUGGGACUAUGAGCGUAAAGAGGCAGUCUGCAGCAGGGUCUUCCAGCCCCACAAACAGAUCCGGUGUAUAACCUACGAUCCACAAGGUUUUUACCUGGCGGUGGGCUUUGCCAGUGGGGCUUUGCAGAUUGUUGAUGCCUGUACACUUCAGAGUGAUGUUGAAGAGUGUUUGCAGUACAGUCAGGACAGCAUUACCCAUAUUGCUUUCUCCCAGGACUCAUGCUACCUGGCUGCUGCAGACACUGGAAAGGCUGUGACAUUGCUUCAUCGAUGUAAAGAGGGGACCCAAGAGAUUUGGAAGUAUCAGGGCAGGUACCACUCACAUUAUAAACCCAUUCAGGACCUGCUGUUUGGAGUGGAUUUAGACAGCAAUCAGCCUCGCCUCCUCUCUCUUGGCAUGGAUCGCAGGCUGGUGGAGUAUGAUCUGCAGAACAGUGGAGAAAAUGGGUUGUUGAUUUUGAGUUAUGAUCGGAUCGAGCAGAGUGCUGUGCCUACCUGCAUGGUGUGGUAUCCUCCUCUGACACCCGAACACUUCAUCCUUACAGCUUCCAACCUGUAUAAGAUGAAGCUCUUCAAUGCUACCUCCAAAAUGUGCAGAAAAACAGUCUUCGGGCCCUCUUAUGGCUCUCCAGUGAAAAAGAUGGCCAUCCUUCCUGCAUCUAAGGAUGGCGACCCUAAUUCUCGUUACAUGGCAUAUAUAACACACAAGAUAAGGUAUUUCAGUGUUGGCAUUCAGAUUCUGCCUCUGGAUGGAAACCCUCACAAGUCCUUCGCAAUGAUCUGUCACUCAACAGGCGUGUCAACUCUGGCUUGCUCAUAUGAUGGUAGAUACGCUUUUACUGCUGGAGGACAAGACUGCACUGUCUUUUCAUGGGAGCUCAAUUUGUCUUCACUGGAGGCAUCAGCUGCUCUAGGAGGGAAAGGCAUGCACCCUUUCUACAAUCUUCUGGAGGGAGGGAGAGAUGGACAGCUCUUUAAGGAAAUGGAGGAAUAUUUUUACUACUGUCAACUACAGAAUCAGGACCUUGACACCAUGGAAACACGGCUUGUGUCCACACGCAUCCCUCUAGCUGAUGUGCCCUUCUUAAUGAGAGCGCUUGGCUUCUAUCCCACAGAGCAAGAGCUGGAAGACAUGCAAAAUGAGGUGAAGUUCAGCCGCUAUGCUGAGACCAGAAAUUAUGUGACGGACAUCGAUUUGGAGGAGUUCAUUAAGCUGUAUGUCAACCACAGACCUGCCUUUGGCAUUUCCAGACAGGAGCUGUGCAAUGCCUUCCAGGUGCUUGGAAAGCCAGACGAAGAGGGCAAAUAUGCAAUUGACAGAGACGAACUGCUGGAGUUACUGCAGGCUAGAGGUGAACAUAUGACCGAGGAUGACUUGGCUGAAUGCUUUACAGCUCUUUUAGGUGUUAGUGCAGAAGGAGGCAGUGGCACAGAAUCUCUGUUGGAGAGUGUGCUACCAGCUGAAAUCAGCAUGGAGACAUUUGCCACGGAUAUCUUGGGGUUUUCUUCAGCCACCCAGGAACUUUCUCAAGAACAUGAGCACGAUCUAUAACAUCUGAUUUAUUCUGAAACUAAUCAUUUAUGUAAUCAAAGAAAUGUUUAACUGUAUUUUGUGGUUAUUGAGCUGUAGCUUCGAUGUAUUUUGACAUUUGCGUGUUUAUUACUUUACUGGAACGCAGAUAGAGAUCAAA